AUGGCAGAGCCCCAGCCACCGGCGGCGGCAGGGGAGGCGGCGGGGGACGGGGCCGCGGGCUCGGCGGCGGCGGCGGAGGCGGCGGGAGCGGCGGCGGAGGGAGCGGGAGGCGGGGGCGAGGAGGAUGGCUUCAUCGACGCCGGAGACGUGACCUACACGCCCUACCGCCCGGCCAAAGUCAGGAUAGGGAAACCCCCCCCGGACCCCGUGGUCGAGAACACGUCGCUGGCCGCGGUGCCCCCCCCUGACGUCACGUACGAGUCGCACCUCCCGCCGUCCUCCCUGGAGCAGCUGAGCGAAGUCCAGAUGGAGAGCGUCAUGUACGCCGGGCAGCAGUUCAGCAAGCCUCACCUCAAGAACGGGGAGCGUGCGGGUUUCAUGAUCGGUGACGGGGCCGGCGUCGGCAAGGGGAGGCAGCUCGCGGGAAUCAUCAUGGACGCGUGGAUGCAGGGGCACAAGCGCCACAUCUGGUUCAGCAUAUCGCCAGACCUGCUCCACGACACCAAAAGAGACUUGAAGGACAUCAAGCCCGGCAAGAAGAACCGGCCGAAGGUUUACAACCUCUCGGACCUGGCCUACGACGACAAUCUGUCCGUGGGAGACGGGGUGAUAUUUUGCACCUACAAGAGCCUCACCUUGGUCAGCGAGAGCACGUCGGGCCAUGGGACUGUGGCUCGACUCGGCCAGCUCACGCGGUGGCUCGGGGGCCGCGAUGCCGAGGGGUGCAUCGUCUUCGACGAGGCACAUAAGGCGAAGAACCUGUACUUGGCCAGUAAGCCCACGUUAACCGGGAAGAAGGUGAAGGAGAUACAGGACCGUUGCCCCAACGCGAGGGUGGUGUACUGCUCGGCGACGCCCUGCUCUGAGCCGAUGAACAUGGGCUACAUGACCAGGCUGGGGCUGUGGGGGGACGGGACGCGAUUCGAAGACUUCCCCGACUUCCUGAAGGACAUCGACGAAAGGGGUGUUGGUGCGAUGGAGCUUGUGGCGAUGCAGCUCAAGGCGGAAGGCAUGCUCCUCAGCCGCUCCCUGAGCUUCCAGGGCUGCGAGUUUAGCCUCGUCCCUCUCGUCAAUAGCAAGUUCCAGAUCGAUUCCUACAACGCGGCGGUGAAGACGUGGCAGCUUCUGUGGCAGGUUCUCAACGACGCCGUGGGGGAGGACACCCUGUAUACCCUCGUCGAACCCGCCAGCGAGGAAGAGAAAGCCGAAAAGGACCACCCUGCUGCGCCGCACGUUGACACCUCUGCGAGACCGCGGGUGGUCCGAUGCCGUUUCGUGCUUGGAGCGGUGUGUAUCGAGCACCGGGCACACGCCAACCGAAACCAACCGUAG